UGGAUUAGUUAUGCAGGUGGGACUGGAGGACUUAGUUAGAAGAACAAUCAUGACACACCAAUGGGUGAAGUUGUGGAUCUCGCUCCUCUACGGUUUAUCUGCUGCUUACUCUGAUUCUGUUACUAUGAUUCCAGUGACUGGGAAGAUACCAGUGAUCACAGUUGGCGUGAGUCAAUCCCACAACAGGCAGGUCUGCAGCACGUGGGGUAACUACCACUACAAAACCUACGAUGGGGACUUCUUCCAGCUGCCCUACACCUGUAACUACGUGUUGACUUCGCUGUGCAAAAGCAGAAGUGGCUACGAGGAGUUCAACAUUCAGCUGCAGCGUGAAGAGGUGGACGGUCAGGCCACCAUCCAGAAGGUCUCUCUGAAGCUGGAUGGGACCUUCGUGGAGCUGACUCAAAGUAGCAUCAAUGUCAAUGGGAAACAGGUCACGUUACCAUUUGGUCAGUUUAAUAUCUUCAUGGAGAGGACCAACUCCUAUGUGAAGAUCACAGCCAAGCUGGGUUUAGUCAUCAUGUGGAAUGAAGAUGACGCCCUCUCGGUGGAGUUAGACUCAAAGUUCCAGAAUCAGACCUGUGGGCUAUGUGGAGACUUCAAUGGAGUCCAGCUUUACGACGAGUUCAUUGUGAAUGGAUUUCAAAUGAAGACAAUUGACUAUGGUGAGCUUUCAAAGAUGAAUGGCCCUACAGAAACUUGCAUAGAAGUCCCACUUCAGGCUGAAAAUUGUGAAGAACAGAGGACAGCGUGUGAGGAGUUUCUCACCAGUUCAGCCUUCAGUAGCUGUGAGGACCUGAUUUCCACGGACUCCUUCGUCGAGGCCUGCAUGGCAGACAUGUGUCACUGUGGUAACAGCAACAACAGCGAGUCCUGCAUUUGCCAAACCAUUUCAGAAUAUUCCCGCCAGUGUGCUCACGCAGGGGGCGUGCCCCAGAAAUGGAGGACAGACCAGUUCUGCUUGGAGACAUGCCCCUUGAACAUGAAGUACCAGGAGUGUGGAAGCCCCUGUAUUGAUACCUGCUCCAACCCACAGGCGAACCAGCAUUGUGAGGAACACUGCACUGAUGGAUGCUUCUGUCCUGCUGGUACAGUACACUCACUGGUUCACUGGGGGAAGCACAUCGUAUUUCCACUUAAUAGCCCUCUAAGUUGUUUAAAAAAAUAAAGAUAAAAAUGCCAACUUUGCACCAUGCAUACUGUCCAUGCCUACUGUCCAUGCCUACUGUCCAUGCCUACUGACAACGCUUACUAUUUUAAAACAGGAAGAGUAAAUACAACUUAAAUACAAUUAAACAAAUAUUUCUUCAUCAUCAACCAAG